AAGUGGGGGUUAAAUUUUUCUAUCCAAUUGACGUUUCACCGAUUGCCGUCAAUACAAAUGGCAAAAUAAAAUAUGUAAACCGCGAAAUAUUAAAGAAAGUCGUAUCGAUGAUGUAAAUUGUUUAAGUAUCGCUUAAAUAAGCAGUGUAAAAAUGUCAUUUAUAAAGGACUGGAUUUUAAUUGUAUGAUUUAAAAAUGAGAUUUAAUAAAUUGGAACUUGAGACAUUGGCCACUCAGCCUACCAGUAAAUUUGAAAAGGAAGGUGUUCUUUAUAUUAGGGAAAGACAAGAAGGGUUCUUUAGAAAAUCAGAGAGACGGAAAAAAGAGAAUCAAAAGAGACUCCGGAAUCUGAGCUGUGUUGGGGGCGUCAGUAAAGUUAACUUAGAACGAUGGUGUCGUUUGCGAGGAAAUCUUCUCUUCUACUUCAAAAGCAAAGAUCCAUGGUCGGAACCGAUCGGGGUAAUCGUCUUGGAACAGUGUCAAGUGAGAAUGGAUCCACCAAUGGCAACUACCCCAAUAUCAGCAGAUGGUCACUUUCCUUUUUAUUUAGUUUUUGAUGGUGGAUUAUGCCAGUCUUUAGCGGCAACUUCAGAUAGUGAAAGAUCGAGUUGGAUGGAUGCGAUUCGAGGAGCUAGUUAUGAAGGAAUUCGCGCCGAAAUGCAUGCUCUCAGGCAGUGUAUCGAAAGGAGGAGAAAUCAUAAACCGUUGGUUGAUCUUUCGAUAUGGCGACUACAAAGGGGGCACGUAAUAGAUAUGUCUGAAUUACCUCUUUGCGAAGUCUCCCUAGCUUGCGACAAUCUUCUCUGCGAUGGCCAUGGUAGACCCCCAAAUCCUACACUUGUAGUUGACGUUUACAUGCCAUCAACUAAAGUUUGGGUGCAAUAUGCACGAACAGAAAUAAUAGAAAGAAGUAGUAAUCCCGGGUUUUUGAGUACAGUAAGUUUCCGGAGUAGUGAUGGUUUAACUGGAGAUUCAAGGAUUCGAUUUACGGUUUUUGACGUGCGCGAACGCGUCUCACACACUGCGAUUCCAUUGGGAACCGCUUGCGUUUUACUUAGUGCCAUACAAGAUUCUUCAAGAUUAAGAAUACCGUUAUUGUCGCGAUCUCAAACUACAGUCGGGUUUUUGACGCUCAGCGCUUGGUCUUUAGAGGCUGAAGAUCGCGGAAGUAGCACUGAACACACACCCUGUAGAGUUCCUACGCACGGAAAUAGUCAGAUUUGGUCACAUCGAAGAUCCCAAUCAUUACCCCCCAGAUUAGGCGUUAAAAUGCGUCUCCCAAGUCAAGCAGAAUUAAAAUUGCUUUUCUCUUCAUGUUACCUACAAACCUAUCGUUUUCAUUCUGGCUUGGGUGGUGACAUUUGCGUACACGAACUCAUGGCUGAAAGUAAACUUUGUUUUACAUUUCCCCAUCAAUUACUAGGUAUUUGGAUUCAACAAGAAAAGGAAUUACUCCAAGAAGUAGCUGGAAUGGGCGAAUUACGCGAACCUUGGCAUUCCCGUCAAGUGGAGCUUUUAGAUCGUCACUUACAAUUGUUAAGGUUAUAUUCUCAAGCUCGGGAAACUUUGCAAAAUCAUAAGGGUCGUUUAUUUAAACCAAGUUCUCGAAAAAACGAUCGUAGUUUGGAGUUUGCGCCGAUUAAUUUGCAUUUACAACGAAUGUGGGUUCAUAAUGAUACUUUAAAUAAAGCUGGUUUUUAUGAUUGGAUUACUGUAGGAGCUUUCACCGCUCAUUCGCAUAAAUCGAAAAAUGGUGGUCUUAUAAAAUUAGUUCAACAAUUGAAAGAAUCCCCAAUUCGCGCUAAUUUAAAUUAUCAAAUAACUACAAAAGUUUCGAUGGCGAAUGACGCGAUUCAAGCGAUUAAGCAGUUACGUAAAGAAGUGGUUGAAGCAAUGAAAACUUUAAUGAGAUUAGCCAAAGAAAAGCAAACGGUGGGAAUGUUACCGAUUUGCGACGAUAUGAUUAGUAAGUCAAGAAUUUUAUUGAGUUUAUGGGAUCCUGGGUUGGUUGAAGAGGCACUUAGUUUUAUAGAAGAACACAAAUUGGUUGUAACAGACGACUCAGGAGUAAGCGACGACUUUUUAGAUCCAAAUGGAAAACCAAAUAUGGUUUUAUCCCCGUUUAAACGCAUUACGCAACAAUUAACGAGUUUGGAUUUAAAGAGUCCCGACUUGGAUGAUUUUGCAACACCAUGUACGCCUAGAAAUAUUGAGAGUAUUUGGUCGUCACCAAAUUAUCCGUUGGAGGAUAAUAAAAAAGAAGAAAAAAUUGAAGAGAACGAAGAAAAUAUAAAUGCCCCAUUUCCUGAUGAAACAAAUUUCGAAAUUUUUCCCGAUUGUAACGAAGAUUCAAUUAAUUCAAGCGAACAGAGUUUGCAACAUUUUAAUUCUUUAACAACUAACGGUGAAGAAUCAAAAUGUUGUUUAUUAGAACCAGAACAAGGAAAAUUAUUUUUAGACACUCACGUUAUGUGUAGUUCACCAUCUGCGAAUUAUUAUAAACCAACGGAUGAACCGGAACCUUGGGAUAUAACCCAAUUAAACAUCGAAGCUAGUGUAAUGUGUUUAGUGAGUAAGGUAAAAUUUUUGUGUGGACGUUGUGGUAGCCCUGCAGUUCGACUUAGGCAAAACCAAAGAUCAAAAAAACCUAUAAAUAAUUUAAUUUCAAAUCAAGAUAAAAUCGAAUCAAAAAAUGAUAAUCCCAUUAAUAAAGUAAUGAAAAACGGAAAUAAAUUUACGGAUGGUUUGGAUUUAACGAAAAUCAAUGAUUGGGCUGCGGAAUUAAGACCGGCAAUGAGGAAGUUACGUCAAGCUAUGGAUGGUUUAUUAAAAACCGCUCGUUUAACUCAUUCAGUAUUUCGUGUACAAGAUGAUCCAAAAGCAGCCCAAAGAGUUUGUAACGUUCAAUAUCGGAGGGAUGUUUGCUUUUCGCAAUCGCUUACUUCUUUAGUAACCGGUUUGAUGACACGUCUUUGGUGCCACAAACCAGAUCCGGCUUUUGUAACUUGUUUAGUCUCAUUAGGACCGUUGGCAAGUUUUGAAUGUCUUUUAAGUUAUCACGGAAAUGAAAUCGAUAUGUGGGGUGAUAUGUCUGUUGCUGUUGAAGAUUUACGAACGGUUAUGUUUACAUUGGUUCGUUCAAAUUCGACCGAUAAAAAUCCAAUACCGAAACUAACCGGUUGUAGAAAUUCUUUAACGGUAGCACUUCCGGUACCUGAUGCUUUUUAUCGUUUAAUUCCAAGUCGACAAGUUGUCUCGUUUCACGUAACUCCAGUGUUUUUUAAUAUCGGAAUAAACGAAAUGGCUACUAUUGCUGAGGGCAUUGGAGCGACUCGAUCUCAAGAACGAUCGAAUAUUGAUAAUUUCGAACGACUAAACGAAUAUUAUUUAAGAUAUCGAAAGUUGAAUAUGCCGGAAAACUGCGGGUUUAAUAGUAAUAACGGCGGGAGGGUUAAUUCUUCAACUCAAAAACCUUUAGGGGAGAUUUUGGAUCAUUUAAAGACCAGCGUGCAUUUAGGAAAAUCUAAAAAUGUGGAAAUUUUACAUUUGGCGGGACAAAUUUGUAGACAAAUGAAAGGGCUACGUUUUACCAGUUGUAAAAGUGCUAAAGAUAGAACUGGAAUGUCUGUUACUUUAGAGGCGUGCCAGAUUUUAGCAGAUGAAUAUCAUUUGGCAGAACAUGAAUUUCAAAAAGCUUUAGAUUGCAUGAGAAGUGAGGGUUGUAGAAGAGAAAAUACUAUGAAAAACACAGGAGUGAGAAAAUAUGCAUUUAAUUCAUUACAAAUUCUGGCGUUGCCAAAACUUUAUAGGCCUCCUGCAGGAACUUACGGUUCAGCACAAACAUAGAUUACCUGAUGACUUGCUUUAGUUAAUUUUUUUCUAUUAUAUUAUUUUUCAGUAAAAUAUAAAGUGUAUGUAUGUAUAUUCCAAGGUGCCAACUUUAUAGUCACUACGAUUAAAACAUAAAGAACUAACCGAUUUAAUUGUUGUUAAAUAAUUUUUUAAGUUAUAAAUUAUUAGAGAGAGGCAUUAAUAUGCACGUAGAAAAAAUUAUAAAUUAUCUAUUAUUAAAUACAAACGUCAUUAUUUAAUUUA